AUGGCUAGGCCUCUCAGACAAGAUACUCUAAGCGGCGGAAUAGCACAAAUCAAAGUGGGGAUCGAUCAAACUCCAUCUGAUGUCCACAUAGAGUUGUUAUGCGAUUGCUCGCAAUAUUUCAAUGCUCUAUACAAGGACCUAGCCUUGAAAAACACAGUCGAUAAUCCCAUUUGCUUUCCGGAUGAUGAUCCUGAUGUGUUCACCGAACUUAUCAGUUGGAUGUAUCGUGGCAAAAUUUCCGCUGACUUGCCUCCUGGUGACACUCUGCUCUUCUUAUUCCGACUCUGGAUUCUUGCUGAGAAACUAGAUAUGCGAGAACUAUUCGAUACGUGGGUGCGAACUGGGAGCAAGGCACGCUUCCUGGCCCAUCAGGAAAAAUUUCCGCGUCCGUUUCUCGAGGAACUCUGCUGCGCCUUGAUUGAGUGGAAAGAGAGUCCACACAAUCACACCCAUUCGGUAGAACGCUACUUUGUGGAUUGCUCUCCAGUGAGAGACCCAUCGAGGCACUUCUUUCGCGCGCGCGAGAGGGAAGAUACCGUUCAACUUGCAACUCCAGCCCAGAUGAGAAACAGAAGAGUGAAGACCCCUUCUUCCCGCCGGGGAAAAACCUCUGUCAAUUCCGAUAUCAUGACGCCAAUCUCUACUGCAGCAGAUAAUGGCCCGAAGGGCGACAUCAAUCAUGACAUAAAGCACUUGCAAAUUUAA